AUGGUGAAAGACAAGAAACUUUAUAAUUUACUAGGAGUAGAACCAACUGCAAAUGAAGCAGAAAUUAAAAAAGGUUAUAGAAAACAAGCUUUGAAAUAUCAUCCAGAUAAACCAACUGGUGACACAGAAAAAUUUAAAGAAAUAUCGGAGGCUUUUGAUAUAUUAUCGAAUGCUGAUAAAAGAGAAGUAUAUGAUCAAUAUGGUUUAGAAGCCGCAAGAGGUAAUGCACCAGCAGCUGAUCAAGGCAAUCCAUUUGGAGGAGCAGGUGGACAAGGUGGAUUUAGUGGUUUUGGUGGGGCACCAGGUGGAACUAGUUUUAGAUCUUCAGGUGGAGGUGGUUUUUCAAAUGCAGAUGCAUUCAAUAUUUUCUCACAAAUGGGUGGAUUUGGUAUGGGAGAUGAUGGUUUCACAUUUAGUUCAAGUGGAUUUGGAGGGCAAGGUGGUCAAGGUGGAAGUCCAUUUGGAAGUGGUGGAUUUGGAUCAAGAAGUGCUGGAGGAGGAAUGCCUGGUGGAUUUGGAGGUCGUUCACAACCAAGGCCUGAACCAGACACAGUAUCAAUACCAUUACCUGUAUCAUUAGAAGAUUUAUAUAAAGGAGCCACAAAGAAAAUGAAAAUAACAAGAAAAGAUGCAAAUGGAACUAGAGAACAAAAAAUUUUAGAAAUAAAUAUAAAACCAGGUUGGAAAGCAGGUACGAAAAUCAAUUUUUCAAAUGAAGGAGAUUAUCAACCAGAAUGUGGAGCAAGACAAACUAUACAAUUUGUAAUAGAAGAAAAACCAAAUCCAAUCUUUAAAAGAGAUGGUAAUAAUAUUAAAAUGACAGUACAUUUAACUUUCAAAGAAUCUUUAACAGGAUUUGAAAAAGACGUUACUACUAUAGAUGGAAGAAGAAUACCUUUAAGUAGGUCAAAUCCAGUUCAACCAGGUUUUACAACAACAUAUCCAGGUUUAGGUAUGCCAAUAAGUAAAUCUCCAGGUCAAAAGGGAGAUUUAGAAAUUGUAUUUAAAGUGGAUUAUCCAUCAUCAUUAACCCAAGCACAAAAACAAGCAAUUAAUGAUAAUUUUUAA